AUGUCACAUUCACUUCUGGAGUAUAGGUUUGGCGAACUCUUGGGCAGAGGAACCUAUGGAACCGUUUACAAGGGCUUCAAAAAGGGAUCAAAACCCGAGGAAACAGUUGCCAUAAAAUGUGUGCAAAAGAACUCACUGUCGAAGGAAUCAAUUGAUGGCAUCAUUAAUGAGAUUUCCAUCACUAAGAGAGUGAAGAAUCAGUUCAUCGUUGAACUCAAAGACUUCAAAUGGAUUGAAAGCCAUAUAUAUUUAAUCUUCGAGUUCUGCUGCGGAGGAGAUUUGGCUCAACUGAUCCGACAGAGGAAAUGCUUCUCAGAGCCCAUUGUCCGCCAUUUUCUGCAACAGAUAGCGACGGCGUUGAAGACAUUGCGGUCGCAUUCCAUCGCUCACAUGGAUCUCAAGCCACAGAAUAUUCUCAUUUCAUCCAAGAUUUGUGGCAAUCAACUGCCGCGACUAUUGGUGUUUGAUUUGGACCACACUCUAUGGAACUUCGGUGUGGAUCAGUUCCACUUCAUUCCUCCGUACCAUCGAAACAACGGACAGAUCUAUGACUCGCACAACAAACCGAUGGACUGUUUCCCAGAAGUGCCGCAACUCUUGCGACGACUGUCUGGCGAUGGCUAUGAUCUGGCGGUCGCCUCGCGGACAACCUAUCCCUCGGGCGCCCACUCUCUCAUCGAUCUCUUCCAAUGGACUCAAUAUAUCAAAUACAGAGAGAUAUUUCCCGGCAGUAAAGUCACUCAUUUUAGUCAUCUUAAGACUAACUCCGGGUUUCAAUACAAAGAUAUGGUUUUGUUUGACGACGAGAACCGAAAUAUCGUCGAAAUCGGAUCCCUUGGGGUCUUCGCGGUUCCCAUUGACAGAGACAUUGGACUCACUGUCCGUAUUGUCGACGACACACUCCAAGCGUUUCAAUCGGACAAUACAUUCAAAUGA